AUGGUCAUUGCGGAGAUCAGGAGGCCAGGCAUCACUUCGAGGCUGUAUUCAACGUCCAUAAGGAGGCAAAAGCACCACGGAUGGAAAAGGAAGCACCCCAGGGGAAUCGAUGCAGGCCUCGACCCGCAGGCGCCUGCCAACCGCCGCGAAGGAAAACCGCUUCCCCCCAAUCUGCAGAGCGCUGGUAGGCCAAAGCUUCCAGGCCAACCCAUUUUGAACAUAGAAAACGCCGCCGCCCUGGUGGGCGGUUGGCAGAGCCUCGGCAAGCAUUGGGCCGUCAGAGAAGGCGUGUGGUUCGACAAAGACGGACGCGCCUGGAAAGUGGCCAUCAAAUCUCCAACAGACACAAAAGACAGGGCCUGCGCUGAGGCAAUAAACAACGAGUGCAGCACGCUGACCGCCGUACCCCACCACCCAAACAUCGUGUGGGUGAUCGGUGGCCGUAUGGGGGACGACCCAGUGAUCGUCGAGGAGUUGAUGCCCGUGAAUCUUGGGCGACUGCUAUCCAAAUCUGGGUCCGACCUGACCUACCGCGACAUUUUGAUGAUUGGAGUGGGCGUCGCAAGAGGCAUGUGCCACCUGCACGAACAUGGUCACACACGUACCUACAUGACGCCAUCGAGCAUAUUACUGGAUGAGGAGGGCAACGCCAUGCUUGCCAGGUUCUCGGACACCAGCGACGUCUCGAACUUUCGCGACGCCUCGGAUGGCACCCCCGCGUACAUGGCGCCGGAGUGCCUCCCUCAAAAUGGAGCCGCAGUGCGGGGGCCAAGGGCGGCCCAACUGGAGGCCGAGAAAGCCGGCGUCUACAGCCUGGGCAAGGUGUUGUCGAAGUGCGUAGCCGCGAGUUUGGGUGUGAGCGAAGCCGCCGCGGGGAGGCUGUGCCAUGCGCCACUGUGGGAGUUCAUCUGUUGUUGCAUUCGACCACAUCCGCAGGACCGUCCGGGAUGUCACCAAGUGGUGGAAGAGCUCAACGGCAUGUUGGAUGGGAGCGGGAGCAGCACUGAAGAUUGGAGUGCAAGGAGGCUAAGGGCGCAAAUCUGGCGCGCUUCUCGGUGA